UGCAGCACAGCAGCAACUUCUCUGUCAGUGGUGGAACCAUGGAGCAGGAUUGCUCAAUGCUUGUGGCUCUCCGGCCUUUGAUGUUUGAGUCUUUAGGGACACAGUGAUUGCAUCGCAUGGUGUCGGCUUUCUGUCACUCUGGGGAAUUCCCAGGUUUCUGCAAGACUUUCCCUAUUAAAGUCCCCUGGUUUUGCCCACCCCUGUUCUCCUCUUGGGUGACUUCCAGACUUCAGGUAUGGGGCUUUUGAGGGCUCGUGCCUCUGCUGUGGUUUUGGUGCUGUCUGCUCUUGAGGCCUGGGCCCUGGACAGCUACAUUGCAGCCGUCUAUGAGCACAACGUGCUCUUGUCAGAGGACACUGAAAAGCCUGCUUCUCCUGAGGAGGCCUUGAUGCUGAUGGACAGAAACAUGGAUGUUUUGGAAGUGGCCAUCAAAGAAGCAGCCAGUCAGGGUGCCCACAUCAUUGUGACUCCUGAAGAUGGCAUUUAUGGCUGGGUGUUCACAAGGGAGACGGUAUACCCUUAUCUUGAAGAUAUUCCAGACCCACAGGUGGACUGGAUUCCAUGUGCUGAUCCUGAAAGAUUUGCUCCUUCACCAGUGCAGAAAAGACUGAGCUGCCUGGCAAGGAAUAACUCCAUCUAUGUGGUUGCAAAUAUGGGAGACAAGAAGCCAUGUAAUUCCAGUGACCCAAGGUGCCCAGCUGAUGGUCAUUACCAGUACAAUACCAACAUUGUCUUUGAUUCAGAAGGGAAACUGGUGGCUCGUUAUCACAAGUAUAACCUUUUUGUGACGGAGAAACAGUUUAAUUAUCCCAAGAAUCCAGAAUUUGUGACUUUCAAUACAUCCUUUGGAUAUUUCGGCAUUUUUACUUGUGCAGACAUACUCUUUCAUGACCCAGCUGUGGUCCUGGCAAGCAGAUUUCAGGUUGACACAAUUCUGUUCCCAACUGCUUGGGUUAAUACUCUUCCACUUUUGUCGGCGGUCCAGUUUCACUCAGCAUGGGCUAUGGGAAUGGGCAUCAACUUUCUUUCAGCAAAUACACGCAACUCCACUUUAGAUAUGACAGGGAGUGGUAUUUAUGCCCCAGAUGGUCCAAGAACAUAUUAUUAUAAUACUGAAACAGAAAAUGGUCACCUUCUUGUGACAGAGCUGAGUUCACGUCCACGUUUGUCUCCUGGCUAUCCUCCUGCUGUUAACUGGAAGUUGUAUGCCAGCAGUAUCAAAUGGCUUCCAUCAAAUGACCACUAUUUCAGUGGAGUCGUUUAUCAUGAUCUCUUCUCCUUCACUGAACUCACUGAACCUGAGGGAAAUGGUGCUAUUUGCCAGAAGGACCUCUGUUGCCACCUGAGUUACAAGAUGACAGAGAAGAAGAAAGAUGACAUUUAUGUUCUGGGUGCCUUUGAUGGGCUACAUGUUGUUGAAGGAGAGUAUUAUCUGCAGGUAUGCACGCUGCUCAAGUGUAGGAGCACAGACCCGAGCACAUGUGGGCAGCCGGUGGAGACUGCGCAGACCAAGUUUGACAUGUUCUCCCUCAGCGGCACGUUUGGCACUAACUACGUCUUUCCAGAGGUCUUGUACAGCGGGGUGCAGCUGGCCCCUGGGGAAUUUGAGGUACUAAGUGAUGGGCGUGUGAUAAGCCGGACUGGUACGUCUGAGCCAGUUUUGAGUAUAACACUCUUCGGGAGAUGGUAUGAAAAGGACCCUCCACACACAGAACAAGCUUCACCAUGAUUUCACUGCAGAUGCUUUAGGAUCUUGUCUGCUUGUUUCUAAUUAAUCAUAAUAUUAGUUAAUCGUAACAUUAAUGCUAAUACACGUAAUUAUAAUGUCAUUCUGUUUCUCAGGUUGCACUAACAACAUAAUCAUUGCACAUUGAUUUGUUUACUUAAUUUCGCAACAAAAAUAAAUUACUCUGCUAGAC